AACAACAACGCUCACGACCGGCAAGGUAAAAAUGAUCACAUCUAUUCGUAUAUCCUCGCGAGCGUUUCACCUUCCUUCGUACGGUCGAACUGAAAUACUGGCGUGCUGAAGUGUGUCAGUGAUAUCCAAUCUGCUAUUUAUAGGUUCAAAUAUUUUCAACACUGUUCGAUUAUCAUGUGUUUUGAAUUCCAGUCACCCGUAGUCGCCAAGGUCUGAAACUUGUUGCUUUGGCAUCCAUUAUUUUUUCUUGUGUAUCAAGAAUUGUAGACUAGUUUAUAUGAUCCAGUAUACCACACAUGUUUGUGCAGAAUGUGGAGGGGAAGUCAAAUAGCAUUUCAGUUCCCUUCAGAUCCUGUCAGACUUCCAAUGAGGAAGUGUCUCAAAACCGCUUAGACAAAGAUGAUUUUACGUCCGGUAUUUGCUAAAACCGGGAUCAUUUUUGAAAUUUCCUAACGACUGUCUUACCCCAUAAAACUGAGCAGCCGGAGUAUUCAGUGUUAACACGACCAGGUUCGGUUUGGCUUGGAACCACAUCGAUAUCAGUCCACAGCGAGCGAACAGAGAUGAAACUGUUCACACUAGCUCUCGUGAUUCUUGCAGUCAUCCUAACAGUGGAUGUCCUUGGACAAUGCGAAGGAUGGUGGGGAAGUUCUCGAAAUUCCAGCUCAAAAAGUGGUUCGCGGUCCAGUUCUGAAUAUAGCUCCACGAAAACUGAGCGAGGAAAAACUAUCAAAGCUAAAGGCAAAACAGUACAUGUUGGAAAAACCGGUAUUCGUGAUAGAGAUGAAACCGGCCACAGAACAGGUCUUGGUACUCUCGCUAAAAAGACGUUAGACAAACCAGUGGAGACGGCGAAGGCAGCAAUAGAGUUUGUAAAGAGCUAUCAAAAGAUGCGGGAGAAAAAUGUAAAAGGGGGAAAUCUUGCAGCACACGAGGAAGCCAACAGAGAAGCUACUAAGAAGUCCGACGCCGAGACAGCAGCAGCACUUAGCGCCUUGAGGGAACAGUACAAGAGCGUUCGUGUUAAAAAUAAUCCAGAUGGCAGCCUGCACGUUGGAGACACGAGGACCGAGGAAGAGACUGCUGCUACAAUGAACGCCAAUAAAAAGGGGCGGGAAAGUGCUCAAGAUGGCCAAGACCCUUCGAGGGAGUAAAAUAAUCCCUCUUCCGGGGGCUGGGUGGGAGACUCUCAUAUAAAAGUUAUCGUAGAAAUUUAUGCAACGAAUCUUUUAAAGACAUCAGAAUCUCGUUUGAUGGGUGUGGCUCGGAUUCAUUUCCAACUUAACAAAAAUAUCAAUAGAGAAAAAAAACAAUUCUAAAGUGAGCAGGUGAACCGUGCAAUUUUUGUCCAGGAUAGUUCUACCGUUGAUCAUUUAAUUUAACGGAACAGCUUAGGCGGUACUGAUCUACAAAUGUAAUUCUCGUGCCACUUUCAGUCCCAGGGGAUUUUUAGACGUGAAAGUAUCUUUUAGGGUGCACUGGAAGAAAUAAUAAAAAAAAACUGUGUUAAUUCCGUUUUAGCGGCGUCUUAGGGGGUCAAAUAAAGCUCAAGCCACACCCACAUGGUCCCGUUUAGGGGUUUAAUUCAAAUUUUCCCACGAGCGUCCCCGACUAUUUUAUAUGGGAGUUCCCCACGGACUUUUAGUACAUAGAUGAUCCCCGGAGAAAAUCACUCAGAAAUUCAUUUGAAAAUUGGCCUGCUGAUGUAAUUGCAGUUAGUUCUAAUAACGAGAUUUAACUAGUGGUUUA